AUGGGCAAGUUUAGAGGAAAGAAUCGUCGCGGCGGCGGUGGUGGUCGCGGUGGCCAGGGCGGCGGCAACACCUGGCGUGACUACCCUCCGCUGAAGAAGGAAAACGACAAGCUCGAAAACUUUUACAAUACGCUGCUGCAGCUCCCUGAAGAGGAGAAGCAGCAGUUUUGGGAUGCUCUCAAGCGCGAACUUCCCAACAGUUUCCGCUUCUGCGGCUCCAAGGGACACGCUCUGGCCGUCAAGAGACUUUUGCGAACGAGAUAUAUCCCUCAAAUCACCAACAUUGAGCAUCAGGAUGGUCGAACUGCCGAGCCGCCCAUGCCUGUUCCCUGGUACCCCGACGAGCUCGCCUGGUGGAUGACUACGCCCAAGAAUGUCGUUCGCAAGUUCCCCCCCUUUGCCGCGUUUCAAAAAUUUCUCGUUUCCGAGACCAGCGUCGGAAAUAUCAGCCGUCAAGAGGUCGUCUCCAUGAUUCCCCCAAUGCUCAUGGACCUCAAGCCCGGCAUGACGGUUCUCGACAUGUGCGCUGCGCCUGGGAGCAAGUCGGCUCAGCUGCUAGAGAUGAUUCACGUCGGCGAAGAAUCUCGCGUGCGCAAGGUUCUGCGCCAGUUUGCGCAAGAAGACGGCCUCGUUCUGGGCGACGAGACCAAGGAGGAGGUCGAGGCCGAUCUUGACGCCGACCCUUCUGACCAGGGCCGCGCCACCGGUCUGCUGAUUGCCAACGAUGCCGACUACAAGCGUGGCCACAUGCUUGUCCACCAGCUCAAGCGCCUUUCUUCGCCCAAUCUCCUAGUCACGAAUCACGAUGCCACCCAGUUCCCUUCAAUCAAGCUACCUCCUUCGCCAAACACACCAAACAAGCCCAACUACUUGAAGUUUGAUCGCAUUCUCGCCGAUGUGCCUUGCUCUGGAGACGGAACGCUUCGUAAAAAUGCCAACUUGUGGAAGGACUGGCAGCCGGGUAGUGCUCUGGGUUUGCACGCUACACAGAUUCGCAUACUCGUACGCGCACUCCAGCUCCUCAAGGUUGGUGGCCGCGUCGUAUACUCCACCUGCAGCAUGAACCCUGUUGAGAACGAAUCAGUCAUUGCGUCUGCUAUUGAACGUUGCGGCGGCCCUGAUAGCGUUGAGAUUAUCGAUUGCAGCGACCAACUUCCUCGCCUCAAGCGCGUUCCUGGCAUGAAGGAGUGGAAGAUUAUGGACAAGGGCAACCGCAUCUGGAGCUCUUGGGAGGAAGUGGAAGAAUUCGCCAAGGAGAGCAACGAGGGUGUCAUUCCUGGUCGGGUCUCCCAGUCCAUGUUUCCCAAGCGCGAGGGAUCCGACGCCUACGGUCUGCCUCUGGAGCGUUGCAUGAGAGUCUACUCUCACCUACAAGAUACUGGUGGCUUCUUCAUCACGGUUCUCGAGAAGAAGUCUGACUUCAAGGCCAAGAACGAAAACGUGCGCAAGGCCGCCGCGACAGCCGCCAACGGUGACGACAAGGCUCCUGCUAAUGAGACUGAGGAGCCUGCUCAGACGGAUACCGCGCCCGAGGCCGAGAAGCCUGUCCAGGCUGAACCCGCUGCUGAGACGACAGCCGAGCCCGCCGCCGAGGAUGUCAAGAUGGAGGACGUUAACGGCACCUCCAACAAGCGUGCGCUCGAGGAGGAACCAGCUGAAGCUGAAGCUGCCAACAAAAAGGCCAAGACGGAAGGCGACUCGUCUGCGGCUGCCACGCCCGCUGCUCUCAAACCAGACCCUACGCACAAGCAGCAGAAGAAGCAGGGCCCUCUCGAGGAGCCCUUCAAGUACCUGGACCCUUCACACGCAACCAUUCAAAACAUUAUUGAAUUCUACAAGCUGUCGCCGCGCUUCCCUACCAACCGCUACAUGGUGCGCAACGAGAUGGGCGAGCCGGCCAAGGCCAUCUACUACACGACAGCGCUGACGCGCGACAUUCUAACGGAGAACGAGGGCCGCGGCAUCAAGGUUAUCCAUGGCGGCGUGCGCAUGUUUAUGAAGCAGGACGCGCCGUCGGCCGAGGUGUGCCGGUGGCGGAUCCAGUCCGAGGGCAUGCCUAUCCUGCAGGGCUACGUGGGCGAGCCGCGCGUGGUGCGGCUGACCAGCAAGGAGACGCUGCGCAAGCUGCUCAUUGAAAUGUUUCCCAAGAUAAGCGACGGCGCCUGGGAGCGCUUCGACGAGAUUGGCCCGCGGGUGCGCGACGUGGGCAUGGGCUGCUGCGUGCUGCGCAUCGAGCCCGACGGGACGGACCCGGACUUUAGCGAGGCCAUGGCGCUGCCGCUCUGGAAGAGCAUCCACUCGCUGAACCUGAUGCUGCCUAAAGAGGACCGCGCGGCGAUGCUGCUGCGCAUCUUCAACGACACGACGCCGCUGAUCAACAUUGCGCAGCAGCUGCAGCAAAAGGCAGAGGUGGCCAAGAAGGAGGCGGCGGCGGCGGAGCAACAAAAGAAGGAGUUGGAGGAGGAGGAGGAAGGUGGUGAUGGAGAGGUGGAGGUGGAUCAGACGCUGGAGCACGAGGACGUGGAGGACCUGCCUAGCCCGGAAUAG